AUGGGUAAACUAGAGGAAAUCCCGAUAUUCCCCGUUGCAAAGCGACCCCGCACAGGCACACCACAUCCAUCCUCACAACCACCAAUGCAUAGAUACUUCGUCCCAUUUGUCGCAUCAUCACCUAUCGCUCCAAGAUUACCAACCCAGCUAAAACCAACUACCGUCACAAUUGCAUCGCCGCCGUGUCCAGGCAUUCAAUCUACCAUCACAUUAGCACCAACAACGGCUCUGCCGCCACGUACGACUACCAAUGGCGCACAUUCAAUGACAACGACAACAACAAUGUCGUCAUGGGCAAUUCUCGCAUCAACACAACAACUGCAUUUAAACACAACGAAUCCAGUCACACCAACCGCAGCACCACCACAACAGUCAUAUAAAAAUACGAUAGCGGCUCAAAAGCCCUCACUCUGGAUGAUACCAGGAAAGAGCCGAAAAUCAUCGGCAUCAAGUAAGUAUCCUUCCGCAGACAAUAAUCCUGCACCUUUCUUUUCAGUCGAAUCAGUCUCAUCAAAGCCUCGAGAGAAGAAACAACGAUUUCAGAUUGGCACUACAUCCAAUUUCAAUUCAUACACAAAUAUUCCGAGUUAUAUACCACCACCAAUUAUCCCACCACGACGACGCAAUAUCGGACGACUGAUGCCAGUGAUCCUACCCCUGAUGGACUUGGAAUUACGACGGCCUCAAUUGCCCUUAACACGGCACCAACAAUGCGAGUAUAUACGUACGAGUAAUAGAUUCGAUGUCUUUUUAGAUAGGCAAUCUGCCCCUCAGCACGCUGUGACGCAAACAUUGCAAUCGAACAGCAGCAUAGCAAUGAGCAGGAACGCAUGGUCGGCACAUCCAGGAAAACCAGACCAUACGCGCAACCAAACAGUAUCCAGCAGCAUAAUGCUGAGGCACUGA